AUAGAUUGACAGGAAGGAAUGAGCAACGGAUCGGUGGUACCAGUGGCCGCCAAGGCGGACGACGAAGAUAUCUGGGUUUGCAGGAGGUGUGGCUGGACAUACCCAAAUCACCAUCCCAGCGCCAGGCAUCGCAGGAAUCACAGGAAGCAUUGCGGCAAAGUCAAAGGGUUUGAAGUGGUGAAGCAGCCGGAGCAACUAGAUCACGGAUCAUCUGACGAUGUUUCCUCGGGCGAAGAGAAGAGUGUUCAUCAACGACAAGUUUCAGAGGCUGCUGGUGGUGUUACUGCCCCUGCUGUAGCUCCUGAGACACACCAAACUGUCGCUGAAGGCGGUGUCGAGGAUAAAACGCCGAGCUCAACAGUGGGUCUAACGGGAGAAUUGAUUCCAGCUCAAGAUGAGGCUGCUUCACAUCCAGAGCAAGACGCUCCUGCUUCCAGCGACGAACCUUCAGAUCUGUGGGAACAGCUGCUGGAUGCUCAGGUGGCUGGAACACCACCAUCACGACUGGAAGCCGCGCAUGCAAAUACUGAAAACUCGUCCAUUGAGGAAGCUUCUGCUUCUCAUAAAGAUGAAUUUGGUGGAGAGGACGUUCCUUUAAACCCUUUCGUACCUCCGUCUCCCGUUGUCCAUCACGAAGGCAUCCAUGUAGCUGAAAGCGGCCAACUGGAAGAGAUUCCAAUCCACUCCGAAAAGAAUCCUUUUCUACACCCUGAUUCUCCAGUGUCAGGGACACAACGUGUUGACAAAGAAAAGGCCGAAGCCUCGUCGUCCACAUCCUGGGAUAGCAUCAAGCCACAUGUCGCCUUGAAAUCACUCUUUGACGAGGACCGGACAAGGCAAGCUGAUCGAUACUACUUGGAGGAGGGCCAAGCUCCGGUGCCGGAUGUGCCACCACCCAAGCGUACCAACAGCAACGUCCUGAUGAAAGCCAUUGAGAAUGUCAGAAACCCCCUCGCCAAAGUUUAG